AUGUUUGGGAUUCAGGAAACUAUAUCGCGGGGUGGGACAACGAUGAAGGAGGAACCGCUGGGUGGGCUGAAUUCUGUCCGCUCAUGGAUGCACACAGCUGGGGUGGUGGAUGCGAACACAGCCGCCCAAAGUGGUGUUGGCUUGGCACGGGCACAUUAUGAAAAGCAGCCACCUUCCAACCUCAGAAAAUCCAAUUUUUUCCAUUUCGUCCUGGCACUGUAUGACAGACAGGGUCAACCCGUGGAGAUCGAAAGGACAGCUUAUGUGGACUUUGUGGAGAAAGAUAAAGAACCAAACAGUGAAAAAACUAACAAUGGGAUACACUACAAACUACAAUUGUUGUACAGCAAUGGCGUCAGAACAGAACAGGAUCUUUUCAUACGGUUAAUCGAUUCCAUGACGAAGCAGGCGAUUAUAUAUGAGGGUCAAGACAAAAACCCUGAAAUGUGCAGAGUUCUUCUUACGCACGAAAUUAUGUGCAGCCGGUGUUGUGACAAGAAGAGCUGCGGCAACAGGAACGAGACUCCGUCAGACCCUGUGAUCAUCGACAGAUUCUUCCUGAAGUUCUUCCUGAAGUGCAAUCAGAACUGUCUGAAGAAUGCAGGGAAUCCCAGAGACAUGCGCAGGUUCCAGGUUGUCGUCUCGACGACAGUCAACGUGGACGGCCACGUCUUGGCUGUCUCAGACAACAUGUUUGUCCACAACAACUCCAAGCAUGGGCGAAGGGCUCGCAGACUCGACCCUUCAGAAGGUACGCCUCCUUAUCUGGAGAAUGCAGCCACCCCGUGCAUCAAGGCCAUCAGCCCCAGUGAGGGAUGGACUACAGGAGGGGCCACUGUCAUCAUUAUUGGGGACAACUUCUUUGAUGGCCUGCAGGUCGUGUUCGGGACCAUGCUUGUCUGGAGUGAGCUCAUUACCCCCCACGCCAUCCGUGUCCAGACCCCUCCCAGGCACAUCCCUGGUGUGGUGGAGGUCACGCUGUCCUAUAAGUCCAAGCAGUUCUGCAAAGGGGCUCCUGGGAGAUUUGUCUACACCGCCCUCAAUGAGCCAACCAUCGACUAUGGGUUCCAGAGGCUGCAGAAGGUCAUCCCCAGGCACCCGGGUGACCCUGAGAGGUUACCAAAGGAGGUAUUGCUGAAAAGAGCAGCUGACCUUGUUGAAGCACUGUAUGGAAUGCCCCACAAUAACCAGGAGAUCAUUCUGAAGAGGGCAGCGGACAUAGCUGAGGCCCUGUACAGCGUUCCCCGUAACCACAACCAGAUCCCUUCCCUCGCCAACACAGCCUCCCACGGCAUGAUGGGAGUCAACUCCUUCAGCAGCCAACUAGCCGUCAACGUGUCCGAGUCACAGGGAAACGACCAGGGCUACAGCCGGAACACCAGCAGUGCGUCUCCACGAGGGUACAUCACCAGCAGCACCCCACAGCAGUCCAGCUACAACACCGUCAGUAACAGUAUGAAUGGCUACGGUAACUCUGGCAUGUCCAACCUGGGAGUGCCCAGCUCCCCUGGGUUCCUCAAUGGAUCCUCUGCCAACUCUCCAUAUGGAAGUGAUCCGAUAGCAUGUUCUUACCCCCCACCCCCCAACCCCUCCCAUAUCUUGUCUGCAGUUAAACAAAAGAGCGCCUUCGCCCCUGUGGUCCGACCCCAGGCCUCCCCACCCCCUUCCUGCACCAGCGCAAAUGGCAACGGACUGCAAGCUAUGUCCGGUCUGGUCGUACCUCCAAUGUAA